AUGGCUUGUUGGCUAUUGUGCAGUUACCCCCAUGGGGUAGCUCAUGUUCCGUUACCCCUGUGGGUCGCCAUGCAGGCCAGAUCAUGUUCCAUUACUCCCACAGAUCAACAAUUGAUCUAUUACACCCUCGGGCUGGCUGUUGUUCAUUACCCCCACGGGGCAGCUCUUGUUCUGUUAGCCCUGUGGGCCGCCACACAGGCCAGAUUAUGUUCCGUUACCCCAUGGGUCAACAAUAGGUCCAUUACACCCACAGUAUCUUAUUCUGUUACACGCACGAUGUCCAGCUCUUGUUCCCUUAGACCUGCGGAACCUUCUUCUGUUUGGCCUGCAGGUCUCCAAUUACAGCCACAGACCAUUUGUGGCUCCCCCCUGUCCAGUUCUCCUGCUCAACAUUUGCUGGCCCUUGUGUCCUUGUUUUCCAUGAACGUCUCAUCACCAUAA